AAGGGCAGACCUCAGGCAAACAAAAUACAAACAAUACUGAACAUUUCAUGUACGCGUCAAUAUGCCUACGUUAUUUUUAAAUGGACAUUUGGCUAUUACUGUGAAGUGGAUUCAAGUAAGGUGUGGAAACCUUAUAUAACCUGUACAACCUGAUGUCGAGUCAUAUCCACUGACCAAUAAAUAAAACCUGAGGAACGGUCACGGCACAUUCGCACGGAACUUCACUUCCCAUAAAUCCGCCUGCGUCAUUACUGUGCGACGCUAGAAAACUCGACAAUAAGCAAGAUUCAUCUGGUUUGUUUACUCUUGCGUUUGUGCAGUAUAAACUCUUUAUUACGCCAAAUCUGUAGCAUGUUGGAGUCAACCUUCUGUAUGUAUACCUAUUAACUGUUAUCUUUCAAACUGCUCCAAGCAAACUUAGAAAACGGAAGCCAGACUACUGACACAGCCAGCUUCUGAACCCCCGCUGUUGCUGGACGACAUCUGAAAUUAGCUCACCUAGCUAGCAUUGUCUCUGCUGCAAAAUCAUCCAAAUGAUCAUGGCUUCAGACGGCAUCAGUGUGUCUUUCUUGAAGUACGAACUCGCCUCUACCAUCGACCAGGCGGUAAGGUGCGCGGUGGAGACGGUUUUGAAGGAGACCGCGCGGAUCGUCGGUGCUAGACUAACUGCGGCGCGUAACGCCGCCGCGGAGUCGCACCGGGAGAACCAGACCCUGCGGGAGAGACUCGACGUCUCCGAGAGCGAACUCAAGGCGGUGCGUUACUACAUGACAGCCGCCGAGAAAAACAUAAAACAGUGCUUGCUCCUGAAUCAGAACCAGCCGAGAUCAAACGCGCUGCGCCCGAGCGCAGACGACUCUGCGUUUGACUUUCCCGCAGACGCCCCCGAUAGCAACCUGAUGCUCCCGCACGGCAGAGAGUUUGCGCGGAAAUCCUUUCGAAGUUCGUCAGGAAGGGUUCACUAUUCCAAAACUCUGCCCAGCGUUGGCCUUUGUUUGCCGACAGUGCAGUCUGAUUGGCCCCGAAGCAGCAUCAACCGGAGGAGGAUUCGGACAUCAUCAGUAGUGAACAGCACGUCUUUUCUGAAUGACACCGCAACCUCUCGAGCCCCGCUGGAAACGGAUUCGGUAUUGCCGAGAACCGAAGAUACAGAAGACCAGUUUUACAUCACCGAAGAGGGUGUAGCCGACAAAGAAUACAAAGCUUCUGCCAGCACAGUGCAGGAUUUUGAGAGAGUGCCAGAAGGGCAAGAGGCAGCGGGGAAAGACCCCGGUGAGCCGUCCGACAUCGGUGACUUUGAGUUCGAGAUGGGCGCCCCUGCAGGGAAUGUUAAUGAGUUGGGUCUCAUCCAGGUGAUGGACGCUGACGAGGAGAUCAAACAGGGUGCCGUCAAAAUCGAAGACGAACCCGAGCCUCAUUCCGUAGAGCCCCCAACCCUUGACCCAGCAAUGGUUUCCUCUUCCUCCUCCUCCUCCUCGUCCCUGUCCCGUGCUCAGCCCCAGAUAAUUUCCCCAUUGGCACCUGCUGGUGAGGCUGAAAUACCCCCAGGCCUGGUGCCUCCUGUGGAAGGCGAUGCGGGGUUGGCAGGCCUGGCGGAGCCGCGGCGGGACGGGGCCGACAAGGUGCACCGCUGCAACGUGUGUGGGCGCGGUUUUCGCCGCUUCUACUGCCUGAAAACGCACCAGCGCAUCCACACGGGCGAGCGGCCAUAUCCAUGCCGCUACUGCGAGAAGCGCUUCCGCCACCUGGACAGCCUGCACAAGCACCAGCGCAUCCACACGGGCGAGAGGCCAUACCGCUGCGCUCUGUGCGGCUGCUGCUUCCGCGAGCUAGGCCAGCUCAAGAAGCACCGCCUCAAGCACUCGCCCACUGCCAACGCCGUUGGGGGUGGAGGCCCCUCGGCCGGCCCCCACCACACCCUCUCCCUGCUCCCGCCCACCACCUCCUACGUCUGGCCCCACCUCAACUCCCAGUCCCUGGAUUCAGUCUGAACGCCUGGGCCAGAGGUAGGGGAGCUGCCCCAGUUUAAGAGAAGAGUGCCUGGGUAACCCUUUGUUCGACAGCACAGUUUGAAACUAGUUGUGCUGUUGCAAAAAUCUAGAAAUGUUAGUAGUAUAAGUGUGUAGGUGGUCAUUUAAAGCUGCAUUGUACAUGUUAGAAUGUAUAAGAUACUCCACAUCCAUAAAGAAGUAAUAGCUCAUAAUCAAACUAACAAAAAACAAAACAAUGGUACAGAUUAAGAUGCAUUAAUGGUUGGGUAUGUGUGGACCAAACAGAUAAAAAAUAUAUAUAUCCAUUGCUAUGUUUUAAGUAACAAAGAAAUGUUUUGUCUGUGAUCACCUAAAGAGAUUGAACUUGCCUCUUUCAUCUUGUUUAAAAUUUUAUGAGUCAUGUAUAAAAUUUACAGAUUGUAGCUUUCAUGAGUUUUGUGUUUGAUACACCGGUACUCCUCUACAAUAUAGAUGUUUGACUCUUUGACUGCUUUGUGUAUAAUGUGUCAUAAAAUUAUUAAAUGUUUUUCGCUCCCA